AUGGGUCGCUGCUCUGAGGCUUACCCUCGCUUUUAUGACCUCAAUCAAAAGUUCAGACAGGGGACGCCGCGCCCUCAGGAGGAGAGCGAUUUAGCUUGUUGUUCCUCCACUGCGGUUUGGGAUUUAAGGAACGGGAAGUAUAGAAUUCCUGGACAGGAUGUGGAGGAGUACAGCACAGCCCCUUACGUCGAGUUGCUGGAUUGGUUUGUGGGGAAAGACAACUCCACACGAUUUAUCUCGCAUCUGGAGGAGACCGUGGAAGAAACGCGUUUGGCAAGUCGAAACCUCGCUCACCCAGUGGACCCAAAUCGACUUUAUCUGUUACUGGGUCAGGAGAUGAUGCCACGGCCUCGGACUCACCUUCUGGUGCUGCUGGCAGCGAUAUGUGUGGCAGAGCCCCUUACCACCCCCAAUGGCAGCGACAACGAGGUCCUGAAACACACAGAGGCGUCACUCACCAAGAGCCAGAACCUAGAGGUCGAGAACACCAUUGGGAACUUCAGUAGAACUGAGCAGGGGGGUGGACCAGCCGCAACCACGGCAGCCUCUUUCAACACCACAUCUACCCCAGCCCCAGCUCCUACCCCCACCCCUCAGUGCCCAGGUAAUCAGGUAGUGUUGGUGGGCAGCGAGGGCUGUGGAUGCCCUGUUGGCAUGGUGAAUAUUGCAGGAGAGAACUGCACCUGCCCUGUGGGUUACACUCUGCAGCGGGCAGCAGGGUGCCUAGAUGUAGAUGAGUGUAAAGGGGAGGGGCCAGGACCAUGCAGUCUCCAUGCCAACUGCACAAACACACCCGGCUCAUACCUGUGCAAAUGUCUCCGUGGUUACCUGAUGGGUGCAGGAGGAUGCCAAGAUAUUGAUGAGUGUGCUCUAGCUGAAGUGACAGGGCUGCAGGCCUGUGGGUCUGGGGCAGACUGCAGGAACACCCUUGGAUCCUUCUCAUGUUCCUGUCCAGUUGGAUACGUUAUGGCUCUUGACGGACACAGUUGUGUGGACGUUGAUGAGUGCAGCUUUGAGGAGCAGUGUCGCAGGGAGCUGGGAAACGUGUGUGUGAACACCCCUGGUAGCUUCGUGUGUCAGUGUCAGCCUGGCUUCAGCGCAGAGGCCCCAGCCUGCAUCGAUGUGGAUGAGUGCAAGGAAAAUCCAGAGGUGUGUGCUGGUCAGGGUGUGUGUGAGAACACUCUUGGGAGUUAUAAGUGUGUCUGCCAAAGAGGUUACCGGGGCAAUGGCACAUACUGUGAAGAUGAGAAUGAGUGUGCAUCAGGGCGUCACGGUUGUGAUACUAAUGCUCGCUGUGGGAACAUCAUUGGCUCCUACUUCUGCCAGUGUUACCAGGGCUUCAAUGGGGAUGGCUACUCUUGCUUCGAUGUUGAUGAGUGUGCCCUGAGCAAUGGUCACUGUGAGCACAACUGCACCAACGAGCCAGGAGGCUACAGCUGCCACUGUGGCACAGGCUACCAGCUAGCCCAGGACGGACACAACUGCACAGACGUUGAUGAGUGUGUGGUGCAGAACGGGACGUGUGAGCAGGUGUGCACCAACACGCAGGGCUCCUUCCUGUGUUCCUGCCGACCUGGCUACCAGCUUCAUAUCGACCGCCACAGCUGUGUAGAUAUUGACGAGUGUAAGCUCCAGAACGGGGCCUGCUCCCACACCUGCACCAACACACCAGGGGGACACACGUGUUCCUGUCCCGCCCCUCUACUGCUGCACGCGGACAAUACCAGCUGUGUCAACGUGACGUCGUGCGACUUUAGGAGAGGCGGCUGUGACCACGUGUGUACUGUACGCGCCGAGGGGCUUCUCUACUGUAGCUGCAGUGCAGGAUGGGAACUGGGCAAGGACCUGAGGAGUUGCCUGGAUGUGAAUGAGUGUGGGGACUUCACUAACGGCGGUUGUGAGCAGCUGUGUCAGAACCACCCUGGUGGCUUUAACUGCAGCUGCGGGGAGGGCUAUGUAGCUCGUACCGACGACACCACCAAGUGCCAACCGGUGUGUGACCCCCCAUGUCAGAACUAUGGAGCGUGUGUGGCCCCUCACUCUUGUGACUGUCCUGCAGGUUACCCUGGUCCUGGCUGUUCAGCCAUGUGCUCCCCGCCCUGUGCCCAUGGAGGAACAUGUAUACGCUGGAACAUGUGUCUCUGCCUACCUGGCUGGACGGGGACCGGCUGUCACACAGCUGUGUGUGAGCUGCCCUGUGCCAACGGUGGUCGCUGUGUGGGCCCGGAGACCUGCCAUUGCCCCUCGGACUACACGGGCCCUCAGUGCCUCUCACCUCUGUGCACACCAGCCUGUCAGAACGGAGGGAGGUGCGUAGAUGUCAACAAAUGCACGUGUGUCGGAGGGUGGCAAGGCGCUCGCUGCCAGAUAGAGCCUGUGCAGUGCCAAAAGCCCUGUAAAAAUGGUGGCGUGUGUGUGGGCCUCAACAGAUGUCGUUGUGCCAGUGACUUUACUGGGAGUCUCUGUGAGACAGCGGUGACCACCCCCUGUGUGCCCCCUUGUCAACACGGUGCCACCUGUAGUCCUCACAACAAGUGCACCUGUCCAGAGGGCACGGCUGGGAUCCACUGUGAGAGGCUGACGUGUCCUGUGGUCACUACUGUGGUCAGUAUGGCCCGUGCCGUCAGGAAGGGUGUGAGGGAGAGUUACGUUGACCGCUGUGGACCCCUGGGAGUUCAGCUCUGCACCAAGUACAGGAUCAACCAGGCGCGUGUGUAUCUGCAAGCUUACAGGGUGGGCUAUAGGGUCCAAUGUCCUGAGAAGAAUGGGAGAUGAACUGUUGCCCUGGUUACCAAGACCCCACAUCCCCUGGGAAGCUCCACACACAUGGUCUCUGUGAAUGGUAAAAAAGACACUUGUGAGAAGAGGCUGUUUGAUUCACAACUCAAUAGGAAAAUCAACCAAUAGAGGUCAAACUCAUGAGCUGACCCCAAACAUUGACCAAACGAGCCAACAUUUUCCUCAGUGUCUGCACUGUAGUUUAUGCAAUAUCCCAAACAUUUUUUUCCAUGAGCUAUGUCCUCGAAAUGGAAAAUGUUCAUUUUUAUAUGUUGUUUUUGAUGCUCCUGUAUGGCAGCUGGACGUUAGUAAAACAUUUUGUUGGA